GGACGCCUUGAAGCUGAACCACGUCGUUAUCUGGGCCUCUUCAUUACUUAAAUGCAGCAAGGGGAGGAUCUGCAGCAGGAUGUGCAUAUCGGCAUACUGGCGCUACAAGGCGCCUUCGCCGAGCACCAAGUCAUGCUGAAGAAGGUGCCUUCCAAGCGCAAGAUCGUCAUUAUCCUGGUACGCACACAGGAUGAUCUUGCGAGCUGCAAUGCCCUCAUUAUACCUGGCGGAGAAUCGACCACGAUCGCUCUUCUUGCUCGUCUUGCGGGGAUCUUAGAACCUCUUCGAGAAUUCGCGAAGAAGAAACCAAUUUGGGGCACCUGCGCUGGAGCCAUUCUGCUUGCUUCUGCUAUUGAGAAUCCGAAGAAGGGUGGUCAGGAGCUAUUGAGCGGAAUGUCCGUAACAGUAGCGAGGAAUGGUUGGGGCUCGCAGGUUGUUGAAUCUUUUGAGGCGCCACUGGAAGUGGAAGGUCUUCGAGAAUCCGAACGACCGUUCCACGGGAUUUUCAUUCGGGCACCGGUGGUAACUGCGAUACAUACAACACCGUCUGACCCACCGAUCGUCGUGAUCUCACGGAUAUCCACCUCCUUGCUCCCAUCUUCCCAAACCAUUGUCUCCCCCGACGAAGACGACACAGAUCCUAGAGACCCAAGGACUAUCGUGGCUCUCAGACAAGGGAAACAUCUACUGACGAGUUUUCAUCCCGAGCUGACAAAGGAUAACAGAUUUCAUGAGUAUUUCGUGACGGAAUGCGUAUUUCCGUCGCUUUUAUCCUAGAGAUGCAGCUCAUCGGAGAUGAUAGAUCACACACUAUACACGGAGCAUCUUUUGUAUGUGCAAGCAUUGAUUAUUCUAUCUAACAGGAGCUAUUCUUCAAAGACACGUCAGCUUAUGUGGUCUACUAAGUGACGCCACAUCCGCUACCUGGUCGUGCACUUACUCUGUGGGUACAAGUAAUCAUAUUGUCUGAUUCCUUUUGUCUAGAUCUAGAGAUUGAAAUGCCGCGCCUUCCUGCACACCAGCUGUACGUUC